CGUUUAAGCACGUCACGGCCGUGGCAGUGCUUUGAGUGAGUGAAUGCGGGGCUCGAGUCCUAGAAUGAAAGCUCUUCUGAACCGCUUUCACACAUUCAGCCACAGAAAGCAGUGGAGUAAUAUUUCUCUCUGCUGAUGCAGACACCUAAACGGUUUCUCCAGAAUUAUUUGCGUCUAAAUGAGUUCAACUAUGGCGACGCGACUCUCUGACUUGUUUGGAAACAGCCGGUUAAUUGCAGGACUCCUGGCUAACUUACUGUCUUCAAUCUGCAUAGUGUUCAUCAACAAAUGGAUCUAUGUGCACUAUGGCUUUCCCAACAUGACCAUGACUCUCAUUCAUUUCGUAGUGACAUGGCUGGGGCUGUAUAUUUGCCAGAAGAUGGAUAUAUUCUCCCCCAAGAGUCUCAGACCUUCUAAAAUCAUCCUGUUGGCUCUGAGUUUCUGUGGUUUUGUUGUUUUCACGAACCUGUCUCUCCAAAGCAACACUAUAGGAACAUAUCAGCUGGCCAAGACCAUGACAACACCCGUGAUUAUAGCCAUCCAGACCAUGCACUACAGAAAGACAUUUUCCACAAAGAUUAAACUGACUCUAGUGCCAAUCACUUUAGGGGUCAUACUGAACUCUUACUAUGAUGUGAAGUUCAAUCUUCUGGGGAUGAUCUUUGCCACACUGGGGGUGUUUGUAACCUCACUGUAUCAAGUGUGGGUCGGUGCCAAACAGCAUGAGCUGCAGGUGAACUCUAUGCAGUUACUGUAUUAUCAGGCACCCAUGUCGUCUGCAUUUCUCCUGGUCCUGGUGCCGUUCUUCGAACCCCUGAGCGGAGAGGGCGGGAUCUUUGGCCCCUGGUCAUUUCAGGCCCUGGUUAUGGUUCUGCUGUCUGGUGUAAUAGCCUUUCUGGUUAAUCUGUCCAUUUACUGGAUCAUUGGGAACACGUCUCCUGUUACCUACAACAUGUUUGGACACUUCAAGUUCUGCAUCACAUUACUGGGUGGGUAUGUUCUGUUCCAGGACCCCUUGUCCUUAAACCAAGGUCUGGGCAUCCUCUGCACCCUCACUGGCAUCCUGGCAUACACCCAUUUCAAACUGGCAGAGCAGGAGGAGGGCAAAAGCAAGCUCACACAGAGACCAUAGGCCCGCGGAAGUGCCAAUCUACAAGACAGACAGUGUUCAGUGCCUGAUGUUUUCAAGAAAUAGAUGGAAAAUGCUCUUGCAAAGGAGCGUGAAGACUAACCAAAACAUAGACUGGAAGAAAGUAGGCUUACGUCAUUGAGGCUGAGAACUUUUAAUAGCAUUUCAAUCUUUUCAAGAGUUAAAUUCAAUAUUUGAAAAUAAACAUGCCGAACGUUUGAGAGAAAAACUCUGAAUGUUGAAGCAUUUCCUUUCUUAUUUUGUA